UCUGGGAACAACAGAAGGCGGGUAAAGGACACAGAAAGAGGUUGAACAUUUGGAGGAGAUGUGUCAUAGAGUUAGUUGUUUAUCUUUUUCAUUUGGUUUCUUUAUUACUUUAUUUGCCUUGUAAUGAAAAGUGGUUCAAGGAUAGUAGCUCAUUCUACAUGCUUCAGUACAGUAGGGGGCGGUAUGCACCUUGUAAAUCACGGUUGCAGCCUACCAUGAAAGAAGAGGAAGAAGAAGUAGUGGUACCGGAAGCAGUUGUCUUUAAGUGGCUAGCAUGUUUAUUUUUUCGCCUGAUAUUACAUAUGUUACAAUAAGAUAGAGUCAGACUGAACCUACAGUGUCUGAGUGUAUGGAUGAAUGGAUAAACUUGUUAAAGUGGCCUUUUUUCUGAACUUUCUGCAUGUUUCACCCCAGAUUCAUCCCUUCGAAGUUAGCGUAGCUUGCUAGAUGGAAAUAGCCGGAGAGGGAACGGAGUUAAUUUGAGUAGUUUCUGUCGAGACCAAACUGACCCAAAGCAUCCAGACGUUCAGAUAAAACUGUCUGAAUGCAUCUGCGCGGUUCUUUUUAUUUAAAGACGUUUAGCAUUGGAAAUGUCUUCUCUUGUUCUCAAAAGCUAAUGAAGCUAACAUCAACAGGCAAGAACGUAAUCUAAUUUAACAACACAGCGCGCGUUUUUCGGGUUAUAAAGAGUGUUUCUGGAGGAAAAGUUGCUGUGAAUUUGAUAACAUUUCAAACUCUGGGAGCUUUGGUCAACCAGCGCCCAGCUGCGGCUGCUGCAGAACGAUGGCUCAUUUCAAAGAGGAACCGGAUGCUGAUUUCAAGCCUGAAGUCUGGUUACACACAGCAGAUGUUCAGCAGCUGUUGGUGAGUAAAGAAGAGUUUCCCCCUGAGCAGCAGGAUUGGAGCUCCACUCUGGACCAGCAGGACCCACCAGAGCUGCCACAUAUUAAAGAAGAACAUGAGGAACUCUGGACAAGUCAGGAGGAAGAGCAGCUUCAAGGACUGAAGGAGAUGAAGGAGGAGGAUGAUAUCAUCAAGUUCACUUUCACUCCAGUGCCUGUGAAGACUGAAGAAGAUGAUGAAGAGAAACCACAGUCUUCACAUCUUCAUCAAAGACCAACUGAACAAGUGAAAUCAGAACCUGAAGGAGAGGACUGUGGAGGACCAGAACCAGCCAGGAGCUCAGACUCCGAAAGACAUUUACCACCUGAUACUCACGAACCUGAGACUGAUGACAGUUGGGACUGGGAGGACACCAGAGAAUCCAAGUCAGGUUUAAACCCUCAAACAUCCGGGAGCUCCUCUGAAUGUGCUACAAGCUUUGGCCACAAUGGAAUCCAAACAGGAGGGAAACCAUUCAGCUGCUCAGUCUGCGGUAAAAGGUACCCCCGGAGGAACUCCUUAAACGAUCAUUUGAGACUUCAUUCAGAAGGAAAACGCUUCAGCUGCUCGGUGUGCAAAAAAACUUUUCAGUGGAGAGCAGGGCUUGUGAGGCACAUGAGAAUCCACACAGGGGAGAAACCCUAUAGUUGCUAUUUCUGCGAUUUAAGAUUCGCACAAAACUCGAGUUUGAUCUCACACUUAAGAGUUCACACAGGAGAAAAACCUUUCAAAUGUUCGGUUUGUAAAGCAAGUUUUCGCGUCUCGUGUCAUUUGUCCAAACACAUGCGACUGCACUCUGGAGAGAAACCGUUCAGCUGUUCGGACUGCGGUAAAAGAUUUGCACAGCGUGGCGCCCUGAGAAGACACUCGGCUGUUCACACAGGAGAGAAGCCGUUCAGUUGUUCCAUUUGUGGUAAAGGAUUUGCACGACCUGAAAAUCUCAGGCGACACGUGACAGUCCACAAAGAAGAGAAAACACUGACUUGAUGCGUUAGCUUGCUGUUGUGAAAAACACCAGCAGAGCUUCCAGCUGCUUGCUUUACCUUCCAGUGACACGAUUUAUUUCUGGUGUCAUGAACUCACGUGGUCUUGCAUUCAUUUCUCAUUGCAUGUAAAAUGUGAACAGUUGAGUGUAAAUCUGUGUUAGUUUGGUGAAGUAGAAACCCGGCCGACAACAUGGCCACCUUGGCACAGGUAAUAUGUACGUGAUAGCAGGUUUAGCUUCCUGCUCUGGUGAAGAGAACAUCAGCGACUUCCCAGAUGCCUCUCAUACCACGUUUAAAAUCAAGUCCACUGCUAACAAACUGUUCACUGCAACACUUGAUGAGCUGAUGAUGAAUUAAAAGAUGAGGCUUGUAAUAUUCCAGUUUUAUUGUCAGUAAAUCUUGAGUUUUUGUUUGGUCCAUGUGUCCUGGAAGGCUUCGACGUCCAGACAGAUUGGAGAGGUUCUAGUGUGACCACAAGGGGAAUUGAUUUCAUUGGACAUCACGACUGAAGAGACAGCAGUGAGUGUUUGCUUAUGUUAAGCCAAAUUCAAAACUACCUCACAGCUCUUAUUUAAUCUAGUAACUGUAGUACACAAUACUGUGCUUAUUUAACCUUUUUUUAGCACAUCUUAUAAAUCUAAUGAGCACCAACUGCCCUCAAACUGGACUCUUUUAAUUGAGAUUUUAAAGCUUUGCUGUCUGAUACCUGAAAUUAUUUUUAUUAAUGCCUUUUUAUUGUGUUGUUUCAGUUCUUAUGAAUGUUUCUUUUACUGUUUUGGGGUUUUUUAAAUCAUUUUUUUAAUGUGUCACGUGACAGGGGAGCCAGCACAUGUGUUUUCUGCUCUCAAAUCUCAGUGACUGAACAGGCAGGGUGGAUGUACUCAGCAGAUACAUGACGAUGCAUUCAUGGUUCUCAUGCUUAUGAGUAUGUUUACUUUGGGAUCUUUAACUAUAAUUCUGUAUUGUAAUACGUACUUUUGAGUACAGGACUUUUACUUGUAGCUCUUACUUAAGUAAAAAUACUUCUAACACCACUGAAGAAAUGGGUUUCAGUUGUACUGCGCUGCUGGUUGAGGAUUUCAGAAGGGAAAGCAACAUUUAACAUCCUGUAAAUUGUACUUCAACACGACUUGUGAUCACGUGCUACAUAAAAAGAAAAUUGUAUUAUAAUAAAAGGAAUGACAAAGUCCAUUAA